AUGUUGCAACUUAAAGAGAAAACCAUUAAGAUUUGGUUUCAAAAUCGACGUAUGAAGGAGAAAAAGGACCGAGCAGAGUGCCAAAGCUCUUCCAUUGAUAGUACUGAUAAUAUCGAGGGCCCAAUACUGCACUAUCCGGUCGUGGCCCCAAGUUACCCAGAAGCAACUAUGCCGACGACACCAAAUUUAGUGCCACAACAACCUCAAUACUCCCUGUUUGGUACUCAAGCCAUUAUUCCUCCGGGCAAUAUACCGACACAACCUUACCAAGAAGAAGUGCAAGCUCCUCCGCAAGUAGAAGCACGAUGUCUACUGGUAUCACAGGAGCUGCCAGCUCCAAUUGUACCCAAUGAGAUGAAUAACUUUUCCUGGCCUGAUGAGACUGAAGAUCAACUGUUAACGUCAUUGUAA